ACCCUUGGAAGCAAACUCACCAUGGCGAAGUUGCGUUGAUUGAGGCUUUGAAUUAAGCCUCCCUCGAUCUCUCUGUAUCUCUCCCUCUUGCCCUGAUGCGUCUCCGUCGCGACGCAUCUUGCAUGAGAUAGAGGAUCGGCUUGAGCUUCGAUUUUGUAGUACAGAAAUCGGUAUCUGACGGGAAUUUGUGAAGUGUUUAGUCAAGAUUUGUUGAGUUUUGUUAAUUUUGCAGAAUGGCCGGGGGAAGGAGAGCAGCACCGGCGAAGGAGGAAGAGGAUGUGAAGAUGGAGACGGAGGCAGAGGAUGAGGAGGAUCCCGAGGAGAUAGCGGCUAUAGAAGAAGCAGCAGCUGAGGUUGGGGACGAUGAUGUAACCAUGGCGGAAGGCUCGGGAGAGGACAGCGAGGAGGAGGAGGAGGAGGAGGAAGCGGAGGGCGGGACGAAGAAAGACAUUGCGAAGCGGGAGCGACAGCGGUUGAAUGAAUUGAAGAAGCGGAAGAAGGCGGAAGUGGAUCAGUUCCUUGCGGAGCAGAACAAGUUGGUGGACAGUGACAUGAACACGAAGGCGAAGGGGCGGUUGAAGUUUCUGCUGCAGCAAACGGAAAUUUUCGCGCAUUUUGCGAAUGGGCCGCAGUCUGCGAAGGACGCGAAGAAGGCGAGUAAGGGACGGCAUGGAAGCAAGUUGACGGAGGAAGAGGAGGACAAGGAGUAUUUGAAAGAGGAUGAAGAUGAGGGGGCUGCACGAGGUACACGGUUGUUGGUGCAACCGCAGUGCAUUAAUGGCAAAAUGCGUGAGUAUCAGCUUGCUGGGUUGAAUUGGCUUAUUCGGUUGUACGAGAAUGGUGUGAAUGGCAUUCUGGCUGAUGAGAUGGGGCUCGGGAAGACGCUGCAGACCAUUUCGCUGCUCGCGUAUUUGCAUGAAUAUUGUGGCAUUUCGGGCCCGCACAUGGUGGUUGGGCCGAAGUCGACCUUGGGUAAUUGGAUGAACGAGAUACGGAGAUUUUGUCCCGUGUUGCGGCCGUUUAAAUUUCACGGCAAUCAAGAUGAGCGUAAUUAUCAGAGGGAAGAGCUGCUUGUCGCAGGAAAAUUCGAUAUCUGUGUGACGAGUUUUGAGAUGGCUAUCAAGGAGAGAACUGCGUUGAGGAAGUUCAGUUGGCGUUACAUUAUUAUUGACGAAGCACACCGCAUCAAAAACGAAUCUUCUAUCUUAGCCAAGACCAUGCGUCUUUUCAGCACGAAUUAUCGGCUUCUGAUCACUGGAACUCCACUUCAGAAUAACCUUCACGAGCUGUGGGCUCUUUUGAACUUUCUUCUUCCCGAAAUUUUUAGCUCAGCUGAGACAUUCGAUGAGUGGUUCCAGAUUUCAGGUGAGAAUGACCAGCAUGAGGUUGUCCAACAGUUGCACAAAGUGCUGAGGCCUUUCUUGUUACGGCGCCUUAAAUCUGAUGUCGAGAGGGGUUUGCCUCCCAAGAAAGAAACCAUCCUGAAAGUGGGCAUGUCGACUCUCCAGAAGCAGUAUUACCGGGCUCUCUUGCAGAAAGACAUGGAUGCUAUAAACACAGGUGGUGAAAGAAAAAGGCUUCUCAAUAUUGCCAUGCAGCUUCGAAAGUGCUGUAAUCAUCCUUACCUUUUCGAGGGAGCUGAACCGGGGCCGCCCUACACCACAGGGGAACAUUUGGUCGACACCGCGGGAAAGAUGGUGCUCUUGGACAAAUUGCUGCCCAAGCUGAAACAGCGACAAUCUCGCGUUUUAAUUUUCUCUCAGAUGACUAGGCUCCUGGAUAUUCUUGAGGAUUACUGUCAAUACCGAACUUACCAGUAUUGUCGUAUUGAUGGUAAUACCACUGGCGAUGAUCGAGAAAGUGCGAUAGAUCAGUUCAACGCCCCCAAUAGUGAGAAGUUUUGUUUCUUGCUUUCUACAAGAGCAGGAGGACUGGGAAUCAAUUUGGCAACUGCAGACAUUGUCAUUCUAUACGACAGCGACUGGAAUCCACAAGUUGAUCUGCAGGCUCAGGACCGUGCACAUCGUAUUGGUCAGAAGAAAGAAGUUCAAGUCUUUAGGUUUUGCACGGAGUUUACGAUAGAGGAGAAGGUGAUCGAGCGGGCUUACAAGAAGUUGGCGCUGGAUGCCCUUGUCAUUCAACAGGGGCGUUUAGCUGAGCAGAAAGCAGUCAACAAAGAUGAGCUGUUGCAAAUGGUUCGCUAUGGAGCUGAGAAGGUGUUCAGUUCCGGUGAUAGCACGAUAACUGAUGAAGAUAUUGAUCGUAUUAUUGCGAAAGGAGAAGAAGCUACUGCGGAACUCGACCAGAAGAUGAAGAAGUUCACCGAUGAUGCUAUCAAGUUUAAGAUGGAUGAUACUGCCGGGCUUUAUGAUUUUGAUGAUGGGGACGAUAAAGAAGAUGGCAAGAACGAUUUUAAGAAGAUCAUUGCUGAUAACUGGAUUGAGCCUCCCAAGCGGGAACGCAAGCGGAAUUAUUCGGAGUCUGAUUACUUCAAACAGGCAAUGCGAGCUGGACCUGUGCCGAAGCCCAGAGAGCCGCGCAUACCUCGAAUGCCUCAGUUGCACGAUUUUCAGUUCUUCAAUACGCAGCGACUUACAGAGCUCUUUGAGAAAGAAGUUAAACAACUGUUGCAUGCCAAAGCAGCAGGAACCGGUGAGGAUGUUAGGAUCAUCGAGGACGUAGAGGAGGGACUUACGGAGAAGGAGCAGGAGGAAAAAGAGCAGCUGCUCUCGGAGGGUUUCCAGAAUUGGUCCCGGCGCGAUUUCGUUGCAUUUGUGCGAGCUUGUGAAAAGUAUGGGCGUGAUGAUUUGAAAAGUAUUGCCAGUGAAAUCGACGGUAAAACAGAGGAGGAGGUGGAAAAAUACUCGAAAGUGUUCUGGAGUCGGUACAACACUUUGAAUGAUCAUGAAAGGAUCAUAAAGAAUAUUGAGAGAGGAGAGGCGCGUAUUUCUCGGAAGGAUGAGAUUAUGAGGUCAGUGAGCAAGAAACUGGACAGAUACCGUAACCCUUGGUUGGAACUCAAGAUUCAAUAUGGACAGAACAAGGGGAAACUGUACAGUGAGGAGUGCGACCGAUUCCUGCUAUGCUCUGUGCACAGAUUGGGCUAUGGAAACUGGGAGGAGCUUAAGGCAGCAGUGCAUUCCUCUCCUGUGUUCCGCUUUGACUGGUUCGUUAAGUCUCGGACACCGUCGGAAUUGGCCAGGAGGUGUGACACACUGAUUCGGCUUGUCGAAAGAGAGAAUCAAGAGGUUGAUCAGCGGGAGCGACACGCACGUAAAGACCAAAAGAAGAUGAACAAGAGUAGUCCUUCUCCUGGUAGAAGGGGAUGGGCUAACUCGCCAGGAAUAGAGGAGGUGCAGGGUAACAGCAAGAAACGCAAAUAGGUACAGGGCUGAGCAAGCACCUCCCUCAUUGCUUUGUAUUCAAGAAUACCUCUUAGGCGCCCCCAACAUUAAUUCGGUUCUCCAAUUUUAGGCAUUUGAUUAUUUUCUUACUUCCUUUUUUCAAUUUACUUUUGUACAGCAGAAAAGUGAAUGCUUCAAGCAUUGUACGGGACCUAAAAAUUGUACUAAGGGAGCUGAUGAUGGCCCUAGUUCAGUGUGUUUAUGCAAAAGCUGGCGUUUCUCAAUUUGGGCAUUUGAGUAAAAAAUGAAAUCUGGUCCAAAUUCUUAAGAUAGACAGCUCUAUCAGAAGUGCUAUCUCAGUCGGUUCCAGAUAACACUAGUAGAUAUCCAUAGGACCUACAUUUUUAUGAGGGGACUACUUUUGCAUAUGUACGUGAAUUCCUGUAAUUGAGAAUCGAAGUAGAAGUUGACCAUUUCUAUGCAA